AUGCCGAACGUAGAGAAGGAGGAAGAGGAGGAUGAUAACUUUCUAGAUGAAGAUUCUGACCCGCUCGCUGAACGCUUCGCGUGUGCGACCAAGUUUCUCGAGCGGAACACCAACACGUUCCAGCAGGUGCAUUUGUUGCAGUUCUACGGGCUUUACAAGCAGGCGACGGUGGGCCCGUGCAAUACCACUAAACCCGGCAUUUUUAACAUGCAGGCGCGAGCCAAAUGGUUUGCCUGGCACGAGCUAGGCCAGCUCGAUGCGAAGGCAGCGAUGGUCCGGUACGAGCAACUGCUGAACGAGCUGCAUCCGAGCUGGCGACCGAACGAAGGUGAACGCUCCAACGCUCACGCCGGCGUUCAGCCGGCAACGAGUAACGGUUGGGUAUCGGUGUCGGUGCCGAAGCGCAAUGAUGAUGAUGAUGAUGCUGAUGCAGGCCCAUCCGACGAUCGGUUGCUCGCCUGCAUCAAGGCGGGCAAUGCUGAUGGAGUGCGAGAGGCGCUGGCCGAGCUCGAUGGCGCACUGAACCGACUGAAUCAACUCGACGACAGCGGCCUUGCUAUCAUCCACUGGGCGGCCGAUCGUGGUAAUGUACCCAUUCUGCAGUCGGUGCUCGAUGCCCCUGGUAUCGACGUAAAUCUGCGUGAUUCUGAGGGUCAAACGGCCCUGCAUUACGCAUCUAGCUGUGGAUACGUUGACUGCAUAGAGCUACUACUCGCACAUAAUGCUGACCGGGCUGUGGUGGACGGAAACGGAGAAACUUGCGCGGACGUUGCGUUCAAUGAAACGGUAAAGAGUCUUUUGGCUUAAGCUAUGCAUAAUUUAUGCAUUUACGCAGAACAAAAUAGUAGUGGAAUAUUCAUUUAGAGGGUGGUUUCUGUAAGGUGUUCCCCUUAAGACAUCCGUUACUUCAUGCUUUUCAAUAAACUCCAAUUGCAAAAGUUUACAACAUAAAUGCCAUCAAACAUAAAUUUUCUCAUGAAUUA